GUCAUUGUUAGUACAGCUCGCAAAUUCUAUCGCCAGUUGACCACCUAUACAGUAACUCUAUCAUAAUCCCGCGGUCUGAACUCUCGAUAUGGACCUUAAGUUUGUACUGUUUUUUGUUCAAUUGACUGUAGUGACUAAAGCACACCUGAUAAGAAUAAAAAACAACUGCUCGUUUACUGUAUGGCCCGGUAUACAAGGCGAUCCGGAACACGAACAUCUCCUAAACGGCGGAUUUUUGUUGGACGCUUACAAGACCCAUACGUUUAAUACGCCUCGAAAUUGGGCGGGCAGGAUUUGGGGUAGGACCAAUUGCGACAGUCAAGGAAAAUGCGAAACGGGCGAUUGCGGGAACAAGAUCCACUGCAGCGGAUCGCGGGCUGUGCCGCCAGCGUCCUUUGCUGAGAUGAAGUUCACCCGGUCCGACGGAUUGGACUUUUACCACGUGUCGAUGUUGGAAGGCUACAACCUGCCGAUCAGGAUGAUGCCCACUAGGUAUUUCACGUACACGAAAAAAGGCAAGUACGACUGCAAGCCGGCCGAGUGUGUGCCCGAUCUGAACAGCGUGUGCCCGUCCGAGCUGGCCGUGAGGGCGGCUGAUGGCUCCAGCGUGGUGGCGUGCCAUAGCGCCUGUUCACAGUUCAACACGGACGCCUACUGCUGCCUAGGUGCCUACAACACGCAGUCGACUUGUAAAAUCAGCUCAUGGCCCAAAAACUAUAAUCCGGCAUUCUUUAAGAAAGCAUGUCCAAACGCCCACAGUCACGCGUUCGACGCCUCGACCAGCUCGUUUACAUGUCGUGGUACCGCGAUAACCAAGUACGACAUCAUAUUUUGCCCAUAUUAAACCUGUUUAUUGUGUAGCUAUAUGUCUACCUAUAUAGGUAUAGGGUAGGUGAUUUAAUACGUUGUUUUUAUAAAUUAUUACAUAUAUUAUAUAUAUGUAUAUGUGUUUAAAUAAAAGUAUAUAUAAAAAUAAAAA